ACCUACAUAUAAUAGUAAUAUAAUAGUUACUCAUAUUGGUAAAAAUGAAAAUCAAGAUAUCAACUCAGAAAUGAUAGAAGAUCGUUUAUACAAUGAUGAUAUUACAAGUCAAGAAGAUGAUUUAGCUAUCAAUCAAAAUGAAAUAAUAAAUGAAGAUACUUUAUACAAUAAUAGUAAUACAAGUAAUAGUAAUGAUAAAGAAGAAAAAUGUGAUAAAACUAAUUAUGAUCUAAACAAUUUGUCAAUGCGUUUUUACAUUAGUCAUCUUCAAGAUAUUGAAGCAAAGGAGAAUAAAGAAGGAAGUAGAAAUAAAACAACAAAUGAGCAAGAUACAAAUGGUCAUAAUAUCUUAUUGGAGUUGCAUUUAAUAAAUUUUCCUGCAUCAUUUACAGUAGAUAUCAUGCAUGCAUUCUUUGAAAACAUAGCUUCAUAUAUAUUUUGUCAUUUUAUUGAAAAGUAUUUUAAGAAUAAAAUCUUAAUGAUACUGAUUAUAAAAGCUCAUCCAGUAACUGAAAAAAUUACUCAAAUAAUUGAACAAAAUCAGACAAUUAUGCUAAUGGGAUUUGGAAGACCCUCUAUUAAUAUUCAAAAACACUACUUUGCUUUCAAAACUGAAGAUUGGUAUUAUUGGAUAGUCUUAUAUUUACUUCUAUUUUUCCAUAAUUAA